AUGAGCAUGCAAAAAAACUAUGGAGAUUAUGUUUCUAAGUUGGUGUACCUGGAAUUCGACUUCACAGUAAUACUUGUCGGCAACGUUGCUACUAUUGUAAAUGACUAGCAAUGUGUUAACAUAAUGUAUUGAAAUUUAAUUAUUUUUGCAAUCAUCUAUUUUAUUUAAACAUUUAUAUAUUCUUGUAUUUAAUUUUAACCUAUACGAAUAAUUAAUUAUGAUUCCGUACAGUAUUAAAUCGAAAUUUCUGGUUGUGUUGUUUAUUAUUCAUAUUGGCCACUCCCAAUUGUUCAAUGGUUUUGAUGACACCUUUAAGUACAAAAUAAAUUGGCUAGGUAAAGAGGAAGCCGACAAAUUUAUGAAGGUUAGUUAAAACAAUGAGAAAUUUGAAGUGAAAUACCUUUAUAUAUAUAUAUACAUAUUAUAUUUUAUAAAACAAAUUAUUACAUUGAACAUUAACUAUAGCAAGCGAACCAGUUAUUUUACUUAAGUAAAUAUAUUUGUUGUACCUAAGAAAAAUCUCUUCUCUAAUGUCUUACUUUGUUUAAACUAAUAUUUUAGUUUUAUAGUCGCAAUAAAAUGUAUUAAUUUUAAUAUAUUUAACUGUUUAAAAAAUCUAAUGCUAUUUUCAUAUUUCUUUAUGAUAUUAUUUUUUCAUUAGGAACACAAAGGGAAUUCUAUGACUGUGAAAACAGCUAUUGGUGAAACAUAUCGCUGUUAUCUACCACCUGACCAAGAUGAAGGUAAUGAUGAAUUUGAUUCAUCAUAUUCUGGACCUAGCCCAUUAGAACUAUUAUCACCAUUAUUCUCAAAACAAACUUGUUCUUACAAAGUAAAUACAUUACAUACUUAUUAUUAUAAAUAUUUUAUUUGCUAUAGUUUAUAUCUUCAUGUUAUUGUUAUAUUUAAAUAGGUCGAUAAUUAUUGGAUUUAUGAGGUAUGCCAUUAUCGAUAUGUUCGACAGUAUCAUAACGAGAGUGAAGGAAAAAGACAGACCGAACAAGAAUACUAUUUGGGUAGAUGGAAGAUAACUGAAGGUCUAGAAUUAGGUAAAGUAAUCAACUGAAUAAAUAAACUAAUAAGUACACAUAUUUACCUAAUAAUACAAAUUUGACUGUAUUUUUGUAUUGAAAUUUAUAAUAGAAUAAAAUUUGAAUCACGUAUAAAAUGUAUAUUAAAUUUUUUUUGUGACUUUAUUUGUAGAGGAAGAACUGGAAAUAUUGACAAAUAUAAAUAAUCAUAAACCUACAAAGUCAAAGAAAGUUAACGGUGUUAAUUUACCAUAUUUUGAAAUGAACUUAUUUGAUGGUACAGUUUGUGAUAUCAAUGGCCAUCCACGACAAGCAAAUGUGUUGUAUGUUUGUUACCCUCAAAAUAAACAUAGUGUGCUUUCGGUAAAAGAGACUUCUACUUGUCAAUAUGAAGUUAUUAUUUUAACAUCACUUUUAUGUACUCAUCCUUGGUACAAGUGAGUAUUAGAAUUUUGAAAUAUUAUUAAUUGAAAAGUAACUUCAUAAAAUAAAUUAUUUUUUUUAUGUGUAUUGAAUAUUAUUUUUAGACCACCAAAUAGUGAUGAUUUAAGCAUUAACUGUCUGCCAGUAAACGAUUCACCACGUAAACCUCAUAACUUAAAAGUCCUUGAAUCUGAUACUUCUAAAUUGAAAAAGAAAACUGUAAGUUUAAGUGAUUAUAGUUAAAAAAAAAUGAAACAGCAAUAAAUACAGAGUGUUUACUAAUAAGAUAUUUUAUUUUUGUUUUUAUAACCAGUGUUGUAAUAAGAUAUUUUAAUUCAGUAUCUAGAUACAGAUACAGAUGCAAGUUCCUUUAAGAAUAUCUUAACAAACAUUUUAAGAUACAUUUAAGAAAAGAUAUAAUUUUUUUUUUUUUUUUUUAUAAAUAUUUAAUUCAUUAAUAAUAUAGAAUUACAAAAUUAUAACAAAACAAGUAGUGGGAACAUAAUUUAUAAUACAAUCAUUUUUAUCUACACUUUUAUGUCAGUUUUCAGAUAAAAUUUUAUUCUCAUAAACUUAUAAGUUAUAAUACAAUCAUUGUCAGUUAUGAUAUAUAAUAUAUAACAAUAUUAAAAUAUUGGUUUAUUAUUGGUAAAUAUAAAAUAAAUAAUGGGUAUUCUCCACUUGUCUUGUCAAUGCACAAUAGUUUUACACUCAUACAUAAUAAUGUAUAAUAAUAAAUAAAUACAAAAUAAAUUGUUUAUAUUUUUAUUUAAAAAAAUUAAAUUUUAGAAUUUUUUGUUUUAUUUUUGUAUUUUGUAUAAUGUAAGAAUUGUAUCUUAAAAAGUAUCUUAGAUAAUUUCAUUAAGAUACACAAUAUUUUGUGUCUAAGAUACAUAUACAGAUACAAGAUACAAAAAAAGUAUCUAGAUAUAUUAUUACAGCACUGUUUAUAAUUAAUGAAACCUUUCAAUGAUCUUAAUGAUCCUCUCAAUAAAAAUAAAAACUUCAAAAUAGUUUCAAUAGAUAUGGUUUAUUUAUUAUAAGUAUUUUUUUAGUUUUUUGCUUGUUUUAUUUUCAUCUUGACUUUUAGUGUAAUAUUGUAAAAAAAAAAAAAAAAUUCUAUUUCUUAUACUUUGUUGUUUAUUUAUUAUUCAAGACCAAAGAAACUAAAUCAUCUUCAAAAACAAAAUCAACUGCAUCAAAAGAAAAGUCUUCUUUAAUAAUAAAUAAUUUUUUGUAUGAAGAUGUAUGUUUACAUGGAGUAAGUCUAAUUAUAUUUUAAAGAAUGUUUUGGUUUGUAUUUGAUAAUAUAUUUGUGUUACAGGGCUCUGGUUGGUGGACAUUUGAAAUUUGUUACAAUGAUUAUAUAAAACAAGUGCACAAGGAAAAAGGAAAACAGGAUGAAAUUAUUUUUUUGGGCUUUUUCAAUAAGCAAGACCAUAUUAAUUGGAUAAAUGAAAAUGAAAAAAAAAAGCCAAAUCUUGAAGCAAAAGGUACUAGAAAUGUUAUACAUCACUUCUACUCUUCUGGAUCUGUUUGUGGAAAAACUGGUGAACAACGAGUGACUGAGGUAAAUAUUAUUAUCUAACUUAUUGUUUAUAUGUAUUUAUUUAUAAUAAAAUUAAUGGCAAUUCUCUUUUUUAAUUAAUAUUAAUAAAAUAUAACCAAUUAAAAAUAUCUAUAUAGGUAUAUAGGUAUAUAAAUGAUGAAUAAAAUUAUAAUAUUAAUACAAUAUAAUACAUUGUAAAACUUAAUGAUCUGUUGCUAGUUAAUGUUAAUAAUAUGUAAUUGACUUACAUUUUUUUUUAGGUUCGGUAUAAAUGUACAGUAGUUUCAGAUAGUGGAGAUACAGUGGAACUUUAUUUGUUUGAACCAAGGACAUGUAAAUAUGUACUAACAAUAAAAUCACCAUCACUUUGUGAACUAAUAAAUGGACCAAUAGAUGAAUAUGGAUUAUUCAAAGUGGAAGAUAAGAUGAUUGAUAAUAUAUCACCUAUUUUAUUUCAAUUUAUGUAA